AUGGGUUGGGGUGGCAAGGGAAAGGGCUGCUGGCACCGUCACCACCAUGGGGGCAUCGGCCUCGGUGGUGCAGCUGCCGAGGCCGCCCUGAUCGGCACGGCCGCCGUCGCUGGGGCGGCCGUCGCCUCUGCAGUUGCUCCCCGCCGGCCAUGCCCACGUGCGGAGGUGGUGGUGAUCCCCACACCGGCGCGGGCUUCGCCGCCAGUGGUCCUCUUGGAGCGUACCGGCCGUGGCAGAGGCAGAAGUGGCACGCCCGUCGAGGAGAUGCCUCCGCUGUCCGUGUCAGCUAUCGGCAUGCCAGCCGCAGCGAUCGUGCAGCAGGGUGGGGUGACGUACUUCGGAAUCGAGGUGAUGCCCGAGACCGGUGCAAGCUACAGAGUUCAGAAGAGGUAUCAGGAUUUCGAGGUCUUGAGGGACAGUCUCGCUAGACUUGCGCCAAGAUCCAUGAUCGAUCGGGGUUUCCCCCGCAAGCACAUGUUCAGCUGCGAGGGGGCCAAGCUUGAGGAGCGUCGACGAGGCUUGGAGCAGUGGCUCAAAGGUGCUUUGAACCAUCCGCUCGGACGACUCGGCUGGUGCUUGAAGCUGCGAGACUUCCUGGAGGUAGGUCAGAUCCACACGCUUGCCUAUGCGCAAGCCUUGCAGAGCAACCCAUGCUCGUUUUCAGCACCCUCGGCACCGGAGGAAAUGUUGGAAACAUCCGAGGGGCAGCCGAUGCAGAUCCUGGUUCCGAAUGGCGUGGAGUGUGGACAGACUCUAGCAGUCACGGUCCCUGAUGGCCGGCAACUGACAGUCACGGUUCCUCCAGGCUUUGCGGGUGGAUCUGAGCUUCUGUUGUGGUUUGAUGCAGAUGCCGGGACUCUGAGCCCUCUGGUCUAG